AGAUUGCUGUAGAGCUCAUGAAUUUGUAUAUAAGCCAUGGACUCCUAUGUCUAUCAGCCAGGUUUAGAGAACAGAAUUUCAUAUAUUGCUCAUAGCAUUCAAAGAUCACCCUGAACAUAAAUCUCUAAUCCUAACACCAAUCAGCCAGACAUCCCCUUUACUCACAAUACAAAAUGGAAGGCUUAUACAACUUAGGGGCCGUAACCAAAACUACCCACCGUGCCUCCUACCCAGCCAUCUCCUCCCUCCGCCCUGAACUCUCUCAAGCCGGCAAAACCGUCCUCGUCACCGGCGGCUCCGCAGGCAUCGGAUACGCCAUCGCGCGCUCCUUCGUGCAAGCCCAAGCCGCCAAACUCAUCAUCUUAGGCCGGCGCUCCGGAACCGUCGCGAAAGCCGUGUCGUCUCUAACCACGCUCGCCCGCGAAACCUCCACCAAUGGCGGCCCCGCCACGGUCGUAGGCCUCGAGUGCGACAUGGGCAGUCCUACGGACGCAGCUGCCUUAUGGGCGCGAUUGGCUGGCGAAGGCACGGUUGUUGAUGUGCUCGUGCUGAAUGCCGCGGCUAUCCCCCCUACCAAGCCGCUCCUGGAUAUGGGCGCGGAGCUCUGGGCUACGUAUUACGAUGUCAAUGUCCGCGCGCAGUUGGAUUUCGCGGGGAGGUUUUAUAAACAGCUGGGGAAGGGGGUGGGGGAGACGAAGUACCUCGUCCACGUCUCCACAAUGGCGGUCCAUAACUGGGAGAUCAACCCGGCGCGGGCCUACGGCCUGACCAAGAACGCCGGCGCCGCUGCCCUGCAGAUGGUUGCCGCGGAUGUGGCGCCCGAGAAGAUGCAGAUCAUCAACUUCCACCCCGGCGCCAUCUUCACCGACGCUGCUAAGGACGCUGGAUACACCGAGCAGACUAUUCGGUGGGACGAACCCGAACUCCCGGGCGACUUCGCCGUCUGGGCUGCUACCCCCGAGGCUGGGUUCCUCCAUGGCCGGUUCGUGUGGGCGUGUUGGGAUGUUGAUGAGUUGAAGAGUGGGGAGGUGAGGAAGCGGAUUGAUGAGGAUCAGUGGUACUUGAAAGUUGGUGUUAGGGGUUUGUGA